GAAGCGCGAAUAACGAGUCUGCGCAUGUCAGUUUACAUGAAAUUCCUGGCGACAAAAUAAACUAACGAGAUGUUUUGGAGCCGGAGUAAAGAUACCAGAGUGAUAAAAACAAUGUAACAACAUGGAACUGUAUUCAACAUAAACUCAAUAUGAAUUACGGGUUGUUAAAUUUUAAAGCUCAGAAUGGCAAGCCGGGAAUAUUUUGGACAAAUGAACAACAAAGAAAACCAUUGAAGAAGGAUUUAACACUUCGAUCACAUUCAGCACCCAGUGAAUCAACAAAAUUAGUGGACUACAAAACAAGAAAACAGCCAUUUGAGAUUCGUCACCACCCCAGAAACUAUGACCGAGUGGAACCAGAGGUGGACAACAUCCUUAAACCUUUACCAGAUGAUAAGCCACAGGAACCAGAAAAAGUGAAAAAACCGGUCAAAAACUUUAUUCAGAAGAACCGGGAAAAAAUUGGGAAGGGCAAGAAAGCAAAAGAUGAUGACAAGAAUGGUACUGUGACCUUGACCCAAGAUCAGCUGAAUGCCAUUUUGGCAUCGGUUGGGAAGGUUGCCUCAGGAGAAGAAGAUAAACUCAAGAUAUCUAUCGAUCCAAAGUACCAUGAAGUGACCAUAGAGUCCCCGCGUAGAAGAGAUGGCCAUGACGACGAAACGGAAAAACACUACAGAGACCGAUCAGAAAAAGAGAACGGUCAUUCAAAGUCCAGAAAAGACCGUCACAAGAAGGAAGACAACAGUAUCUAUGCCCUGAUGGGCGGAGACACAAAUCGGUCCAGGAAAGACAGGGGGAAGAAAAUUGAGCGAGAUGCCUCAGACGAUCGAGAUCACCGAUAUAGAAAGUCUCGAGACGACUCCAGAGAACGAGACAGAAGAUUUGAGCGUGACCAGUCAGAGGAACGGAACUAUCGGCGAGAUAGGAAAUCUCGAGAUGAUUCGCGAGACAGAGACCACUCUAGAGAAAGGUACAAACGUUCGCGUGACAGAGAUCGGAAUCAAGGUCGGGAACGACAUCCCAGUUACGACCCUGAUUAUGAUCGCAAAAAGAAACAAGAAGACUCCUCAGACAGGAUUCUUACAGAUCUGCGUCGCAAAGCCGAAGAGCAGUUGGAAAAAAGCAGGGAAAGUGACAGAUUCCGGGAAUCCAAGUUUAAAGACAAUGAUAAUAGAGACUCUAAGAAACCUGAUUCGUCCUCCCACCUGUCACCUGACCAUAAUGUGGAAGCCGUCUCGCCCCGAGAGCUGGCAGGUAUCCCAGUGUCCCUGCCCUGGAAACACAUGACUGUGGCAGAACGGAGGCGGUUAAUGAUUGCUCGAGAAAAGGUUAUUGCCGAGGCUGAAAAGAGAAAGGGGGAAGAAGGAAAAUCCAAAUGGAGGGAGAUGGUGAAGGAGGAGACCGAGAAAUUAAUAGCAAAGAAAAAGAACGAAAGCAGACGACGCAGUCCUAGUUACUCCCCUCCAAGGUCAAGGGAGGGGUCAUGGGACAGGAGACGUGACAAUUCCAGAGAUCGCAGAGAAAACUCCAGGGAGAGAAGGAGAGACAGGGGAUCCCCGACUGGUUACAGAAGGGGGUCACGAUCAAGAGAACGGAGGCACAGGUCACCGUCAUAUGAUCGCAGGGAGUCUCGAUCCAGGGAGAGACAAAAUUCAAGGGAGCGAUCACGGGAUGACUCAUCAGAUAGGUCAAGACACAGGUCACGGAAGAGGUCACCCUCACCAACCAAUCAGCAGGAGGAUAAAGUGAGUAGUACCAGCAUCGCCACAGCUUCUAGUACCAGGCCCCCAACAAACAUGACGCUGGCGGAGAAAAAGAAACUGCAGUGGGAAAAGGAAAGGGUUGAUUCACAGGCGGGAUACUCUCCCUGGGGAAAACCAGGAGCAGGUGCCCCUCUGAGGACAAAAUCUGGAAAACUGGCUGCGGACUACAGAGCUCGACAGGUUUUCAACGAGGAGGAUUAUCCCGAUACAAUUGAUGAAGAAUCAGAAACUGUCAAUCAAAAUAGUUCCCAGAAUGCUUCAGGAACUACCAAGAGCAAACGCCGAAAAGAGUUAGAAAAGUUCCAGAGGGAGGAAAUCCAAGCCACUCAACAGCCUGCUGCACCUACAUCAAACCGCAAUGUUCCGGCAGCCAUGAGAAGCUCUUUUAUAUUUGGGCAAGUAGCUCCAGACGCCAACAUGUAUGAAAUGACCAAACAACAGGAACGUCAGCAGUGGCUGAAGGACCUCGAAAGACAAAGAGAAGAAAAGCGGGAACAGCAGAUCAAAGAUUUAGAGAGCACAAGAACAGGAACAAAUACCUGGGCGGAUAAAUUUACUAACGACUAUCGACCCGCACGACUCCCGGAGCAACAGCCAGAAACAGUUCGACGAGAAGAUAUCGACGCGGAGACGAAUCGUAUCAGCAGCGCGCCGGUUAACAUCUCACAGACACAGGAGAAUGAUGACGAUAAGACUCACAUUAGAGGCCAGAAUGUUCACCUGGAUCCCGUCACAAAGAAAGAGUUAGAGGAUAAACGGCAGAGACAACUGGAGCAUCAGAGAGCUGUGAUGGAACAAGUCCAAGAAAAACAAAGACAGAAGCAAUUGGAGCGUGAACGUAAGAUGGCAGAAGAUGCGGAGGAGGAGAGGAAACUACAGGCGGAGCGUGACCGGCUACAGAGACAGUUUGAAAUGGACCAAAACAAACUGAAAGUCAGAGAGAUGAAGCGGCAGGAGGACGUGGAACGUUUGAAAGCCGCCAUGGACGAGGCUCAUGAGACGGCACUACGAGAGAAAUAUUCCAGGAGGAUGCAGCAUCUUGAACAGGGCGGCCAUGACACCACUCAACUCAAGGCUCACCUGGCAGCUGUCCUCGGUGAAGAGAAUACAGAGAGAGAAGUUCCUACGAAUCGCCAGGGUUAUGACACCUUGAGGAAUACACAGUCUUUAGCAAAGGUAACUCCAAGAAAAGAGGCAAACCACAUUAUUCCCUCCCAGGUUCCUGGUUUGGAUUUAGACUUAUCUCCCCGCGGGAUAGUACCACCCACAGCACAGUACACGCAGAAAGACUCAUACCAUGAACCUCAGUACACAGAAAAUCGAGUCCUGACCCCCAAUAAAUACAGACAACAGGGCCAUACCUCCGAGUUUGGCACUCAAACUGGUAUGAAAGUUGGUGAUCAGUUGGACACUGAUAGAGAUGAAGAACUGCAUUUGCCCAGGGAGACAAAGAGAGAAGCAACAGAUGUGGGCAUUAUGUACAAGUUUGUCAACGGGAAGCGAGUCCGCGUCAAGAGUGCCUCCAAGGAAGAGCUCCAGAGAAACCGUGAACAGGUGGAAAAUCCAAAGAAAAAAAAACCGGAGAAAAAAGGGAAGAAAAUGUGGAAUUACCAAAAUAAGAAUCUGAAAAGGCCAGUAAAACAGUCGGAGAAGGAUCCAUUGUAUGAGAAGAAGAAGGAGGAGAGUCGAGUCAGGAGACAACACAGAGAACAGCAGCUUCUGGAGAUGGUGGAAAAGAACCGUGACAUUAUCCCCACGGAGAGACAGAACAGGACCCCAGGGCAUUCACGAGACCACUCCCCCAUAUCAGACGGGGGCCGCACCCCUAGGAAUACUGUCAAGGAAUACAGUGCAUAUAGUGUAAGGAGGGCUAGAUCACACUCCCCUGAUAGGAACGAUUCUCGAACAGCUACAAGGACUCUAGAUCGGGCAGAUUCUCCACUGAACAGGAAGUCGCCCGUCAGCCAUCAUUCUGUGUCUCCGGCACCGUCUGGAGUACGAUCACCGCCUAUUCCUGCACUACGCCAUCGAAACUUGGACAGGAAUUCAAACUAUCUACCGACAGACUAUGAUUCUGCAAGGUUUGGAACCAGGGUUGUGAAUACUGAUAAAUAUAAUGAUGGGGACCCACUAGAGAUUCCGGUGGGAAAUGGAGACUUUGUGCCUUUUCUUAGGACGGUAGAUAUUCUCGACCCCGCCAAGGCUUCCUCACCCAUGCCUCUGUCACGGGAGGCAACACAAGUGGCCAAUGCCAGGAAAGCUUAUAUCAAAGGCAUGAAACCGGGUAACUAUGGCAACAGGGUAGAUAACUACCAGGACAGGAUGAGGAUGCCCAACGAACAGAGAAAUAAAGACCCAAUUCUGAACCCUUCUCUAGUCACUGAUCAUCCAACACAAAGGCAGGAUGCCAUUCUACACCAGUUGUCUACCAUGAGACAGAAUUUGAUGCAGAGACAGCGUGAAUUAGAGACAUUUUCUCCUACGGAUCUGGAAUAGUGCUUUCUCCAGCCACGGAUCUGGAAUACGGAUCUGGAAUAGUGCUUUCUCCAGCCACGGAUCUGGAAUUAGUGCUUUCUCCAGCCACGGAUUUGGAAUAGUGCUUAUUCCAGCCACGGAUCUGGAAUAGUGCUUUCUCCAGCCACCAACAUUUUCUAGUUACCAUGUUAAACUUCAAAGAUAAUCAAAGAAGAUGUCAUUUCUUACUUUUAUACAGUAGUGUGUCCCCCUUAAAAAAGUCCACUAUUUAUGUCCAUAUUGAAAAGUAAAUCUGCCAUCUUUCAAAUGUUACCUUAAUAUUGAGUCCCGUGUUUAAGAAUGGUUUAGAUUACUCUUGCCAGCGACCUUUAACAAGUAUAAUGUACCUCUUUAGAAUUUUCAGCAUUUCUGAAUUCUUGAUAUUUUUUUGUGCCAAAUACGAUGUAUGAGAUAUUAAGAUAUGAAAUAAGAUGGUGCCGCUCUUACUUAAAUGUGUAGAGAAGUAUGCAUUGAAGUUUUCAAAUGUUUUUUUGUAAGUUUUAUGUGUUUUUGUUUUUACUAAAAAAAUAUUUUUGUUAAUGAUGUUACGAGAAAAGCAUGGAAACUAAUCACAGGACCUGUGUUUAUGGAGAUGAUUUUGUUACACGUAUGCAUGGCUGUUUUUUUUUUUUAAAAACACUGCAUGUUUAAUGUUAAAACUGAAAUUACACUGAAUUAGAUGCAGACACCUUACAUAAAGUUAGAGACCGCAGUUUUGUUCAACAUGAAUAUUAUGUUCCAAGGUUUAUAGUAAGUCAAGUGACAGUGCCUGUAAUAUUUAUGAACUCGUAAAUUUUGGAAUUGAAGAGAUUCCUUUCAGAAACAAAUUUUGAAAUAAUUAUAGGACUGAUAUAGAGCACAGUAUACCUGUAUUCGGACUGAGAGCAUUUCGCUUUUAGCAACUUAGUUUUGCACAGGCUCUCAGUUACUGAAAUAUAAACUGAAAUAUAAAAUAUGGAGAUUUUUUUCUCCAGAUGUGAUAGUUUUCAGUCCAUGUUAGGUUGUUUGAAAGUAAGGACUGAAAUGAUAUAUUACUGAUUUACAACAUUUAUGAAGUUAGAGAAAGAUGUUGUUAUAUUGAAUUAUUUGAGUUGGAUAGUUCUAGAUAUUCCGUCUCUCUGAUGCAGGAAUUUGUCUAAUAACUAAUUUAUUUAUAUAUGCUCUGAAUAUAUUAAAAAAGAAAUAACAGUA